AUGCCGACUGUUCCUCCAAAGUCUUUCGAACACAACCCUAUCUUCACAGUCUCGGCGUUUCUUGGCUUAUUCCCCUUCGAGAAAGGACCUACUUUUGGGUUAGAUAAGUUGUUAUUCGUUUACUCUUUCGUCUUCGCCGCAGCAGUAACACUGAUCGGUGGUCUGUCCAUGCUUGAUGACCUUACUCCACUGCUUACUGAAUCCUACAACCAAGCAAUCAUACUCGCCUAUAUAGGUGGUCUCAUCCUUGUCUUUCCGUGUAGCUUGACUUGUGCCUUCCUGAAGAGAGAUGUUCUGCAACAGACGUUUCGAGCAUUGAAGGAAAUACAAUCCACGUUCGAAAAGAUUAGGUUGUCCAAGUUCAACAAAUUGACUCACCUUUUACCAUUGUUUGAUAUUUCGGUACCUUUAUUGUGCACCCUCCUUACCUACGUCACUAAUAGCAAUAUUCCUGGUACUGCAUACGGAACUUUCAACGGCCUGACUCUGAUGGGGAUGGCAUUGAUUUGUGGACAGUUGAGCUUCCUUGUUGAUCUCAUUGGUGACAUUUUCGAUGCCGGCAUUGACUUUUUAAACGAGAUGAAACUCUCUUUAAUCAUCAAACGACACAGCAAAAGAAUCUCCGAACUGGUCAAAGCCACGAACAAACUGGGAUCUGCCUCGUGUUCCCUGAACGAAGUCUACUCGGACCAGAUUCUAGUGAUGAUGUCGUUGUGCUUCUGCGGGUUUUCGAUCCACCUCUACUACAUUUCCAUGCUGGCUAGCCUCCCGGACGGCUUCAAGUUCGACCUUCUUCUCCCUCAGGUCUACAGCGUUUUGUUCUACUGCUAUGUUUCAUGGAGGGUUAAUCAGUCAUCUGCGGAAACAUCAGGAAAGAACAAGCUGAGGUUACACAUUUCGAUGAAGAGAGAGGUGGUCUUUACUGCAUGCGGCUUCUUCAACUUGGACUAUACUUUGGUACAUUCGAUGAUCGCCUCUGCAACAACGUACUUGGUCAUCUUGAUUCAGUUCGGUAAGCCUGAGACGGUGGAUCAACAGCCUCCAGCUUCAACAGCCAUGACUAACUUCACAACCUCACAAUUGUAUCUGUGA